UUUUUAUCAAUGUACUUAAUUGGUUUUCAUACCUGUAAAUAAAACUUCCUCGAUACACAAAAGCAUAUAUGUUGUGAUAUCUAUGUACAUCAUACGAAACUUGUCAAGCAGUUGAGUUGAUAGAAUAACAGAGAGUUGUUGCCGGCACCUUUCUCCCGAGACUCCUGCAUUAAUUCCUUCAUUCAUUCAUACACCAGCAGAGCAGUAGACAGAACGUUGUCAGUCUUCCGAGCAACAUGACUUCUAGCAUUGUUCUACCGAAUGCAUCGACACGGGAUGAAGAUUAUGAAAUCGACUCGUUAUCUUUCGACCCCUUGGGAUGGGACAAUUCCAGUAUGGCAUUGUUCAGAGCUUUUCGUGGACCGUACGGUUUUAGUUAUUACGACAGUCUCCGAAGUGAGGUUUCCGUUGAUAAAACCUUCGUAAGUGUUAUUUAUAUGUGUGGUCUUCUGUACGUAGCAGCAAUAUUUGCGACUCUAGGAAGUCGUAGAAAAUCGAGAUUCAAAUCUUUUUUUGCUUUGACGUUCAAUUUCACUGUGAUAAUGAUAAUUCUCGUUUGUCUCUGUGGUCAUAGUUGGAAAGAAGGAUUCGUCAAUGCUCAAACCACAUACAUCGAUUAUUCCGAGGAAAAAAUUGACGCAAAAAUCGGUUUAUCAUUUUCUCUCGCCAGCGUCAACAUGACUCUUAAAGGUGAAAUCAGUCAGAACUCGACUGUAUAUUACAAUGAACAACUUUUUCUAUUCGACGCGGACGAAUUACAAAUACAACGUGGCCACAAGUUCCAACUUGGUUUACCGUCACCAAUUCUGACUCUAACUGAUUACAUAUGCUUUGAGGGCAGUGAUUUAAUGUGGGGAAAAUAUCUUCGAACUGCUGGAUACUACGCCUAUAUUUUACUAUGUUCGACGCUCACCUUUUGGAUAAUAACAGUAAUUUUAAUGUGCUCGGUAGUCUUCUACGGUUCCGUGAUGUUUCUGAUCAGUGGACUCACCAUGUGUAUAACUGCAAUCGUUUAUCACUUACUUCAGCCACCGCAUCCAAUUCAAAUACCGUUUGGUGAAGAAGUGCUUCGACUUAGUUAUGGGUGGUGUUUCUAUCUUGUAUUGGUAACAGGUAUUAUUACUUCUGUGAUCGGUUUGUUCUUCGUGGCAUUGAAUUGUUUUGAUCCAAACAGAUUGCACUGUUUAUUCGGUUUUGAGAAUGAAGAAGACACCGAGGAAAUGUCCAAUGCCGAUGGAUAUAAUCGGAAAAAUGAACUUGCUCUUAAUGGUAAUGUAAACUUGGGCUACAAUGCGGAAAUGAAGAUAUGUAAAUCAAUAGAAAAUCAAGCAGGUGAACCAAACUUAAAUCUAGUCAAUAAUUCGCUGAAUAAACAUAUAACAUAUCCAAGUAGCUCGAACAUGUUUUCUACGCCAAACUCGCUUGAAAAGAGUCAAGAUAAUAUCCAAGAAAUAAAUGACAAACUCAGACCAAACGGAGAUUUGAGUCACGUUGUUGUCGUCAAUGAAAAUGAACGUCUCUGAAAAUGUAAUUGCUUUACUUCGAAACCUACAUACAAAAUCUCUGAAUCUCAAAAUUCUAAUUCAAGGAACCAGUAAGGCGUGUUGGCUUCCAUCUUCCUUCAAAAAACAAA